UUUGGCCGACGUGUGGCAAGACAGCACGAUGAGCAGCGACGAGGACAAGCUGCAGACGACCUCCGCCGCGCGCUUCGAGCCGACGCUGACGCUCGAGGGUCUUCGCGGGAAGAUUGCCGCCUUCGCCGACGAGCGCGACUGGAACAAGCACCACACGCCCCGCAACCUGCUCUUGGCCAUGACGGGCGAAGUCGGCGAGCUCUGCGAGUGUUUCCAGUGGCGUGGCGACGAUGGCCAACACCCGGAUACGUGGACGGCCGCGGACCGCGAACACUUGGGCGAAGAGCUCAGCGACGUCUUGAUCUACCUCAUCCGCCUCGCCGACCGAUGCAACGUCGACUUGCCAGCCGCCGCCCUCGACAAGAUCAAGAAGAACACCAUCAAGUACCCUGCGGCCCAGGUCCAAGGCUCGGCGCUCAAGUACACGGCGUACGCGACUGACGCGCCUCGUAGCAGCGUCGACAACUAAGUCAACCAACGAUGCAGACAGGCAG